AUGGUUAUGGUGUAUGUAGAUGAUUUAAUUGUGACAGGAGAUUGGGAUGAAGAAAUUCUUCGAACAAAGAGGAAUUUAUCUGUGCAUUUUCAUGUGAAAGAACUUGGACAGGUCAAGCACUUUCUUGGUUUGAAGGUUGAUCGUAGUCGAGAUGGGACCCUCCUUCAUCAAUGGGGUGAUGAGUUGAUAUAUGCAAAGUCCAAAGAAGCCUCAUUUGGAAGUUAUUCGACGAAUUUUGAGAUAUGUGAAAAGUACUCUUGGUUAUGGUGUUUUGUACAAGAGAGGAGGAGAUUGCAAGCUGAAGCUGAAUAUCGAGCUGCAAAAAUGGCAACUCAAGAAAGUAUUUGGCUCAUGCAAGUGUUGCGGGAUUUGCAUCAGCCAACAGAGUAUGCUACUCCUCUAUUCUGUGACAACAUGUCAGCAAUGCGUUUGGCGGAGAACCCAGUUUUCCAUGCAAGAACUAAACAUGUGGAGGUUCAUUAUCACUUCAUCAAUGAGAAGGUGUUGCAAGAUUAG